GGGGGGCGAAGAGAGAGCAAAGCAGAGAGAGCGCUGUUCCCCAUAUGCUGAGGAGACAUGGGCGGUUGAACAAGCUGCCCCCACUGAAGCUUCCUGACUCAUGGGAGCGUCAGACCCUGAUCCCCUAGAGAGCCUGAAAACGCUGCCGAACCACACUUGAGAGAGAAGGAGGGGAGCCAGAGAGCAGAGGAAAAAAGUCCAGGCAUAGGAGAGGAGAGCAGAGGGAGGAAAGCCACAACGGUAGGCUGUCCCCUCAACCGCUGUGCUGUGAUGACGUCAGAGGGCAUGUGACCCAGGUUCUCCAGUGACAGCACAUGGAGGGCAGGAAAGAGACGAGUUUUAAAGCUGGUGCCUUUUGGGUUGUGUGAGGGCUCUGCUUGCCUCCCAAACAACCACAGAACCACAGACGUGCGGCUCGGGGUUGGUGUUUGAGGGCAGCCUGGAGUGUAAAUGGUUAAUCUUCGCAGGCCAACACCAGUCACAAGGACGGCGCUAAGCGAGACGUGUCAAGGGUCACGGAAACCACAGAGGAACCAACUUGGGACUUGCUGCUACCAGGGGCAGCUAUGGCAUCUAACAGUCUUUUCAGCACAGUGACACCAUGUCAACAAAACUUCUUCUGGGAUCCCAGCGCCACUCGGAGGUUCAGUCCGCCGUCCAAUAGCCUCCAGCCGGUCCCAGGGAAGAUGAACGAUGUGAGCUCUCCAGCCGGGCAGCCGGACGCGGCGGCGGCGGUGCCAAGACUGCGCCCCCAUGAAAACCGCAGCAUGGCCGAGAUCAUCGCCGACCACCCGGCGGAGCUGGUUCGGACCGACAGUCCCAACUUCCUCUGCUCGGUCCUGCCCUCCCACUGGCGGUGCAACAAGACGCUGCCUGUCGCCUUUAAGGUGGUUGCCCUGGGAGACAUACCUGAUGGGACUGUUGUCACAGUGAUGGCGGGCAAUGAUGAGAACUACUCCGCCGAGCUGCGGAACGCCUCAGGUGUGAUGAAGAACCAAGUAGCACGUUUCAACGACCUUCGCUUUGUAGGCCGCAGUGGCAGAGGCAAGAGCUUCACGCUGACAAUCACAGUAUUCACCAAUCCCCCACAAGUGGCCACUUACCACCGAGCCAUAAAGGUCACCGUAGAUGGACCACGCGAACCCAGGAGGCAUCGUCAGAAGCUUGAGGACCCUCCCAAGACUGGUCUCUUCUCAGACCGCCUCAGUGAGCUUGAGAGGAUGAGGGUAAGGGUCGGCGUUCCCACUCAAGCGCCCCGGCCAACUCUCAACACAGCAGCCAACUCCUUCAACCCACAGGGACAGACACAGAUAGCAGACCCUCGUCAGUCCCAGUCCUCUCCUCCCUGGUCGUAUGAACAGACGUACCCAUCCUACCUGAGUCCCAUGGCGUCCCCCUCAGUCCACUCCACCACCCCCCUCUCCUCCACCCGAGGCACAGGCCUGCCUGCCAUCAGUGACGUACCUAGACGAUUGCCAGGUUCUUCUGACCUGAGCCCGUUCCCAGGUCAGUUUGAGCGUCAGUUCCCAGGUCUCUCCUCCCUCACAGAGAGCCGUUUCUCCAGCCCACGGAUGCACUACCCAGCCACCUUCACCUACACCCCGCCAGUCACCACGGCCAUGUCGCUGGGCAGUGCCCACUACCACACCUACCUUCCCCCACCUUACCCGGGCUCCACCCAGAGCCAGAGCGGACCCUUCCAGACCAGCAGCACACCCUAUCUCUACUAUGGUGCUUCAUCCGGCUCUUACCAGUUCUCCAUGGUUCCCGGUGGGGAUCGCUCGCCCUCCCGGAUGAUCCCACCUUGCACUAGCGCCUCCACGGGGACCUCCUUGGUGAACCCCAACCUGCCCAGCCAGCCGGAGGGAGGGGUGGAUGGCGACGGGAGCCACAGUAACUCCCCAACUGUUCUCAACCCUGGAGGCCGCAUGGAUGAAGCUGUCUGGAGGCCAUAUUGAAGAAAAGCAGGGGGCGGAGAUUGGAAGUUGACUGAUGUCAUGGUUUGAAAGCACAAAACCUUUUUUUAUAUUGAGAAAGGGAUUUUUGAGCUCUCAUCAGCAGCCUCUACCUUUUGCUUGGAAAUAAAGUUGGAGAUCAAAAAAAGACCAGACAUGUAUAAACUUGUCUUCCUGGAAUGUCUUUUGACCAAGGCACAACAAAGGGAGUCAUUCUCACAGCAAUACUGAGAAAGACAAUGUUGGUUUACUAGGCCCAGGUGGAUGAGACAUUAUUUCAGUUAUAUUAUAAUCCACAAGCUAAGGGAUGCUUCAGCAACAUUUGUAAAAGACUGCCUCUUUUGUAUAGUAUUUGUAUUUCAUCAAGGCUUUUUGCAGAGCAUGUUUUUGUACUACGACAAUAUCAUGAUGCAAGUUGAGCACUGAGUAGCAAGUGAUGAGAGUGACACAUGUUACCUUAAAUGGUAUGGACCAUAAAUUUAGCUUUAAACCAGUUAAUUUAACUUGUAUAUUGUGGGUGAGACAUUGAUGUAGAUUGAGACAUUUUCUUAGUUUUAACUUAUAAAGCCAUAAAUUAUGUAUUGUAUUUGAAACUUGAGUCAAAGAAGUAUAAUCUGAAUGUUUUUGAUGCGUCUAUAUGACUAAGUUAAAAUGAUUAUUUUUUAUUUUUUUGAUAGGUAAUUUAAGAGAGUGAGGUUUAAUGUUUUCUUUUGUAGUACCCAAAGAUCUAAAUCGUUUCAAAUAUGAAAUGUAUUUUUCCAAAGAGUAUUGCAACAUGUUUCUUCUGGUAUAACUUUCACUGUAACUGCUCCACAUGUUAAAAGCCCAACAUCCUAGCAAGGCGUUGACACACAUUUGGCUUGGAAUUAAACCUGUGGUAUUUAUUGAGCAAUAACUCGCAUUGUGCCUCUUGGCAACAUACCAUGAAAGAGAGCUUCCAAUGGGGGAAAAUAGUUAUCCAUUCCAUCAGGGGAAAUUCUGCUUGAUUUCUUUAGUUUGUUUAGUCUGUCAUGCAGACAGAUCCGUGUGUGUUUUCUUCUCCAAGUAAGAAAUGGUACAUUUAAGGACAAAUUGACAGGUAGCGUAGCCAAAAGAUGAUUAUGGUGGAGACACACCUAGAAGUGCAAUCCAGAGCAGCAGGUAAGACUUUAACGUUCAGUUAUUUUGUUAUAGAUGAAUGCCUCAGGACUGGAAUAAUUCUCGGAUGAUCCCACAGGUUUACUAAAUCUGCAUGUUUUUGUGUUUUUUACAUAUCCAGCCCAGAUGAAUGCUUUGUCAAGAUUAUAGCGAAAAACAUGCCAACACCAUUAUAGCUUUCAUAAUUUGUGCAAAAGCUAGCUUUGAAAAGUGUGUCUUAGUGUGUGAUGCACACAGGUACUUUGUUGUUGCAUUUGCCCCUUUCUCUUGGAGUCUUGAAAAGGAGAUACCACGGUUAGAGACAAGAGGCUGUGACAUUCCUUCAGAUGUAUAUUUCAUUUCUAGUUUUUGCUUUUGUUGACAUGUUUUACCAAAUCCAUUUGUAUCAUCCUCAUUAACCAGUGUCAACAAUCAAAAAUAAUAUGGCACCAAGAUGAGCUGGAGGUGUGAUAUUUUUAAAUUUGAAAUUACUCUGAGAUCUUUUUUUUUAAAGUGGUGGAGUAAAAGAAUAAAAGCACAAAAACUAAAUGAUCGGAUUCAGCUGCUGGCAGCAAACAUAUGGGAGACUUGUGUAUGUUUUGUUUCAUAAAGCACUUGGUUUUUUUUUAUUUUUUAUAUCUAGCAGCACUUGCAGCUGACUGGAGUCAUCAGUGCACACAUACAAAAUGGAUGACACUUAGCCAAACAAGCCAUUUACACUGAAUCUGAUCUCACAAGUCAGUUCACAUUUGUUUGAAAAAAAGAAGUUUUAAACAUUUUGUACAAUAUGAUAUUCAGUGCAUGGGGGUAAUAUAAUAACCUAAUUUGAAAAAGCUGAGAAAAACACAACCUUGUCCAAAGAGCAGACUUUUCUUUGAAAACUUGCAAUGCAGUGCUUCUUUUCCAAUCUCUGUAGAGGAUGUUCUGUAGCUCCGGUAUGUAACUUUUUCAAAUAUUUUUGUUGCAGAAAUCUGCUCCAAAGCUUGUCUUAAUGUGCAGAGGUGCUGUGGAGGCAUCCCUAGACCCAGACUCAUUGAACAGCACUGGCAGCAGUGCGGAGAUAUUAGCUUCUAAAAGGUUUUGAG